GUACAGCAGUAAAACCCUAACUGAGCUUCAAAUCCUGCAAAAUAGAACAAAUUAACCGAACAACUCUUCUUCAAAUCCCGUAAACGAAGGAUGCACUACUUCACGUCUCUUCAUCAUGCUCCCAAAAUUCUAACUAUUUAUUCCAGUUUACAGAAGCUUGAAAUCACAAAUCGUUACUUCCUUCUUCAGUUAAGGAAGAAGUUGGAAUUAUUUUGGGAUUUUCUCUGUAUGCUGCCAAAUCGAAGACCAGCCAGUGAGAAAGUCAGAAGUUUGCCAGGAAGCAUGAGUUCCAUUAGAGUUGAUCGCACGUGGAUGUAUAAGAGACUUGUGCCAAGUCGAACAACAGUCACUUCUGAGUUUAUAGAAGGUGUGCGUGGAUUUAUAGAGUUUGCAUUAAUGCAACCUGAUUUUGUUUCUAAUGGAAGUAUAAGGUGCCCUUGUUCAAAAUGUAAAAACAGUAGUGGGUUUCUUGAACCUCAUGAUAUUAGAUCUCAUUUAUACAAGCAUGGUUUCAUGCCCAACUAUCAUCAAUGGGAAUCACAUGGGGAGUCUUUUGUACCAAUUUCUAGGCCUCAACCUAGUACCAAUAGAAGUGAUGACAUAGGUUCUAAUAGAACACCAAUAAAUCCAUAUCGUACUAUGGUCUUGGAUGCAGCUGGUCCUAGUUUCAACUUAGACAGUGAUGUAUUUGAUAUGGAUGUUGAUGAAGAAGAACCUCCUAAUCAAAAUGCUCAAGAAUUUUUUGAUAUGUUGAAAGCUGCUGAAGAGCCAUUGUUUGAUGGAUGUCGGACUCAUUCUCCCCUGUCAGCAGUGUGCAGGUUGUUGAACAUUAAGUCUGAGUCUAACAUGAGUGACAAUUGCUAUAAUCAAAUUUUGCUAUUUUUGAAGGAGCUCUUACCUGAAGAUGCAAAAUUACCUGCUGAUUACUAUAGGACUAAACAAAUGGUUGCAAAACUUGGGCUAGGAUAUGAAAAGAUAGAUGUAUGUCAGACAGGUUGUAUCCUAUAUUACAAGGAUAAUAAAGACAGAAGAGAUUGUCCAAAGUGUGGUAAACCGCGCUACAAGCCUAAGAGAAGACGCAGUGGAAGGCAAAAAGAUGUUCCAUAUAAAGUACUCCGUUACUUUCCUAUAACUCCGAGGUUGCAGCGAUUAUAUAUGUCAACAAAGACAGCUGAACAUAUGACAUGGCACUGGAAAUACCGUCGAGAACCUGGGGUAAUGAGUCAUCCAAGUGAUGGAGAGGCAUGGAAGAAGUUUGAUCAGUGUCAUCCUAACUUUGCAAGCGAGCCUCGAAAUAUAAGACUUGGACUUGCAGCUGAUGGAUUUAGUCCUUAUGGGAAUAUGGCCCAUCCUUAUUCUUGUUGGCCAGUAAUCAUUACACCGUACAAUCUGCCACCCGAAAUGUGCAUGACUAGCCCUUAUAUGUUCUUAAGUCUUCUCAUUCCUGGUCCAAAGAGCCCUGGAAAUAAUAUAGAUAUAUACUUAGAACCUCUUAUUGAUGAAUUAAAGCAAUUAUGGGUUGAUGGGGUUGAGACUUAUGAUUCACAUAAGAAACAGAAUUUUCAAAUGCGAGCUGCACUUAUGUGGACUAUUAAUGAUUUCCCAGCUUAUGGAAUGUUGUCUGGUUGGAGCACACACGGUCUAUUAGCAUGCCCUUGUUGUAUGGGUAAAAGUAAGGCAUUUUACUUAAAACAUGGGAGAAAAGGCUCAUUCUUUGAUUGUCAUCGUAAAUUUUUGCCUAUGGGUCAUCCAUUUCGAUGGGAUAGAAAGUCAUUUUUAAGAGGAAGGGUUGAGAACUCUACUCCUCCUCAUAGGUUGUCUGGUGAAGAAGUUUGGAACAAAGUUUGUACCUUACCAAAAGUGUGUGAUCAUCACGCCUCCAGUAAGUUGCCAGGGUUUGGGGAUCAACAUAAUUGGACAAAACAAAGCAUUUUUUGGGAAUUGCCAUAUUGGAGUACAAAUAUUAUUCGGCAUAAUCUUGAUGUGAUGCAUAUUGAGAAAAAUGUGUUUGAUAAUAUAUUCAACACAAUAAUGGAUGUAACGGAUAAAACAAAAGACAAUUUAAAUUCUAGAAGGGAUGUGCAAAAUUGUUGCAAUCGUUCAGAGCUUGAAUUGUUGGUGCUAAUAUUAUUUUUUGAAACUCAAUAUUGCUCAUUGUUGAGGUUCCAUUAA